CAUAAGAAAAAAACUAAAGAAGGCGGAGGAGGGCCCCGAGACUCCCAUCCAAAACCUGGUAAAAAUGGCCUUUAAAGUCUUCAAUGCCCGAGAGGAUACGGCGGAAGCUGCACGCCAGGCCCGCCUAAAGCAGAAGGUGACACUUCAAACCCAGGCCCUAGCAGCGGCCCUGCGGCCUGCGGGGCCCCAAAGGCUCAAAUCUGAAUCCCGCGCCCCCCUGGGGGCCUGCUUUAAGUGCGGGAAGGAGGGUCACUGGUCUAGGGCCUGCCCCCAGCCACGGGCCCCAACGAAGCCUUGCCCUAUUUGCCAUCUCGAGGGACACUGGAAAUCGGACUGUCCUAACUUCCCCAGGGUACCGGUUCCUCAAAACCAGCACACCGGGCGGAAGCAGUCGAUGCCCGUCCCCGGAUGGGAGACGCCUGUAAGUCAGGAGUCCACCUCUGGGGAGUCUCCACUUCCCCAUUUAAUGGGCCUGUUGGACAAUUAGUGGGGCCCUGGCUCUUUGACCCCAGUUACCCUCGCUGAGCCCAGGGUCACUCUACAGGUAGCGGGUAAAAGUGUCUCCUUCUUGCUGAACACGGGGGCUACCUUUUCUGUCCUCCCUUCUUUUUCGGGCCCUAUUAUCCCUUCCCAGGUCUCGGUUGUGGGAGUUGACGG